AUGUUAAUAUGCCGGAGGUACCUCAUUGUCUUGGAUGAUAUGUGGGAUUGUAAGACAUGGGAUAGCUUAUGGCUUUCUUUUCCGGAUAACAAAAACGGAAGCAGAAUAAUAGUAACAACUCGACUUGAGAAAGUAAGUCAGUAUGUCAAGCACCAUACUGAUCCUUAUUUCCUUCCAUUCCUCUCACUAGAUGAGAGUUGCAAACUGUUGCAGAAAAAAGUAUUUCAACAGGAAGAGUGCCCACCUGAGCUACACGAUGUGAGUUUUGCAGUUGCAGAAAAAUGCAAAGGAUUGCCUCUAGUAGUUGUCUUGGCAGCUGGAAUAAUCAAAAAGAAGAAAAUGGAAGAAUCUUGGUGGCAUAAG